AUGAAGCGCAAUCGCAUGCAGUUCGAGGCCAAUGGUGAGGCCUCGUCCGUGUCUCCCCCGCAAGGUGCCUUCACCCCAGAGGAGCGGCCUCACCAUGUCCCGAAGAUCUCUCGACGCAUACGCGCUUGUACAGAAUGUAAACGACACAAGGUGCGCUGUGAUAUGAAAUCAACCGAUUCGACCUGCUCGCGCUGUCGGCGCAUGGGACUGGAAUGUGUUGUGAACAAAAGUCUCCAGACGUUACUCGAAGACGAGGCCGAUUGGAAAUCCAUGAUCGAAUUGGCAAUGACAGACUUACUCAGAAAGUCCCAGCUACCGGAGUUGUCAUACUAUCAAGCAGGCGGUGGCUCGACCGAGACGCCCUCAAAGAAGAGUAACCGGAAAGGCUCUACUGUUUCGACCGAUGGCAACGGGCCUACACAUAAUCGGGCUGCGCCAGUGGAACAACCAGUACACAAUGCGGUGGCAUCGGGAUCGAAGUACGACUUCCCUAAGCCGCAACCGCAGUAUUCGCUAGACCAGGAGGAGACAGGCGCUGCCUCCUUGGUCACAGCGCCAAUGGGGAGUCUGUACGAGGUGACGCAGCUGAGUGAGAAUCGUGAUAACUCACCUGGUCAAAAGCUUGCCCCCGAUCAGACAUUAGUCACUGAUUUCAUCUCACGUGGCGUGGUUGAUGUUCAAGAGGCGGAGGAGCUGUUUUAUCAAUUUGACCAAGUUCUGAAUCGGUACUUAUGGGAUGGGGCAUUACUUGCACACAAAGAUUUGACAUCAGCCCGAUGUUCAUCGUCAAUGCUGUCCGCCGCAAUUCUGGCCGUCACUGCGCUUCACAUGCCAAACAAGGAACGCACCUUCGACACAUGCUACACCGAAUUUGCCAAAUUGGCCUCAGAGUCUAUGCUGGGCCAUCAUCAUACAUUAGAUGAUAUCCGCGCGCUAUGUAUUGGUGCAUUCUGGCUUGCAGAUGUCAGUUGGAAGCUUUCUGGGUAUGCCGUGCGCAUUGCAACUGAACGUAACCUACACCAAUUCUAUCGCAAAGCCAUGCAAGGGUCGCCCGAACACCUCGAACAGGCGAGACUAUGGUACCUUCUUUAUACAUUGGAACACCAUUUUUCGAUUGCAUACGGUCGACCACCGAUGAUCCAUGAAGAUGCAAGCAUCACUCAACACAAUAUCUUCACACAGAACCCGACAACUUCACAAGGAGACCUUCGACUUCACAGCCAAGUUGAUCUUUUCAUAAUCCUCACCCGUAUAUAUUUUGCAUUUGGCCCUGAUGUCGAGUUAGAAGUCCCCGAAAGUGACUUUUCUAAGAUCGAUCAAUUCGACAAUGAUCUAGGGAAUUGGAAAUCCUCAUGGCUUCCUCGACUUGCGGGAAGUCGCUACGUCGGCGCAUACCCAUACAAGGCCGUGUACAUGCACUACCAUUUCUCUCGCCUACAACUCAAUUCAGUUGCCCUGCGCACAUAUCACUCAUCCACUUCUUCGGGGGAAAUGUCCUUUGAACGCCGAAAACGUGCCAAUAUAGCAGUUGAAUCGGCUAUCGCUACUCUCCAGGUUUGCUUAGACGAGCGAGAUAUUCAGCGUGCCUUGGUCGGGGUUCCGCUGUAUCUCCAUAGUAUGAUCACAUUCGCCGCGGUGUUCCUGCUAAAAAUCGCAGCCAAGGUCUGUUCCAACGGGGCCAUCCCCGGAAGCCAGGGGAAACAGACCUCCAUCGCCUCGGCGGGUCUACAGGUCGACGUCAGCUACGUGCGUGUCCUUGUGGGCAGGGUCGUCGAGAUCAUGGUGUCAUGUAGCCAACGAGCGAGCGAGCGCCAUCUCAGUCAUCACAUCGCUCGGGGUCUCCGUAAAAUGCUGACUGGUUUGGAGAAGUGGGAGAAGCGUGCUGCAGGCACCCAGCAAUCGAUUGGAUCGGUCUCGCAGGACCCUUCUUCCCUCUUCAAGCCAGUCAUCAUACCCGGAGCUCCAAUGCUCGGAGAACGUGACACUAUUUUGAGCCAUCCGCCCCCACAGCUUGGAGUGGCCCCGCUGUCUGCUGAACGCAGCAAUGGGUUUGAGCCUUCAGUUGCCCCAGGCAAGCAGGAGCCAGGUCUGUCGGAGGGCUCGGUAGACCCUAUGAUGGCGGAUCUAUGGGGGUUCGAUGAGGAUUACUUCCCGACAGGAGUGUUCGAUUUCCUCCAGAGUCAGAUGCCGGCAUGA